GUUGUUAGCCGUGUGCCGUGUAAUGUUCGUAAAACCUUUAACAUCUAUUGACAAAACAGUUUUGGGAUUACCUAUUGUUUUGAUUAUUGUACGUAGGAAAUUCUUCACGCUCCCUUGGGGAAUUUAAAAUUGGACAUGUGAUUUAGUUAUAAAGAUGCGGCAUUUGUGUAGUUCGGUAUUUAUUGCGCCACACAUAUUUGUAAUGGUUACUAAUUAAACAUGGGUGAUUAAUAUUCUAAAGUAUUCCCUGGAAAUAUUGUAACUGUGCUCAUUCAAACUAAGAUGCCAGGUGGAUCAGAUAGUGUUAAAGUAGCAGUGCGUGUGAGACCAUUUAAUCAGAGAGAGAGGAAUGCAGGGUCAGCUUGUAUCAUAUCUAUGAGUGGAGAUUCCACAACAAUAAAAAACCCAGAGAAUGGUUCCACAAAAACAUUUUCCUUUGAUUAUUCCUACUGGUCACACAAUGGAAGCCAGGAGAACGAGGAAGGCGUGUUUAUUCCAGACUCCUCCAACAAGUAUACAGAUCAACGUCGAGUUUUCCAGGACUUGGGUCAAGGGGUUUUGGACAAUGCAUGGCAAGGUUACAAUGCUGCCUUGUUUGCGUAUGGUCAGACAGGGUCAGGGAAGAGCUACUCAAUGAUUGGGUAUGGUCCAAACAAGGGGAUUGUUCCCAUCACCUGCGAGGAGUUAUUUAAGGCCAUAGAAACAAACAAUGACAAGACAAAACAGUUACAGGUUUCCUUCAGCAUGCUGGAAAUCUACAACGAGAGAGUUAAGGACCUGUUAGUGAAGGCCAAACAAUCACCGGAGGGUCUGAAAAUCAGACAGAAUCCACAGGCAGGCUUCUAUGUGGAUGGGCUCAAAAAUGUGCCAGUGAGGAAUUAUAAAGAGAUAGAGAAACUAAUGGAGCAAGGUACAGUCAACCGAACCACAGCCUCCACAAACAUGAACGCCACCAGCAGCAGGUCACACAUGGUCAUCACCAUUAGGUUUAACCAGGUGAUAAGAAAUGCUGGGGGUGAGAGCAACACUAGGAGUAGUGACAUUAACUUGGUGGACUUAGCAGGAAGUGAGAGAGCCGACUCAACUGGUGCCACAGGGGAUCGGUUAAAAGAGGGAUCUGCCAUCAACCAGAGUCUCUCAACACUUGGCAAUGUCAUCAGUGCAUUGGCAGACAUUGCUGGAGGCAAGAAGAAUGUUUUGGUUCCUUAUCGUAACUCUGUCCUCACCAAACUGUUACAGACGGCACUUGGAGGCAACAGUCGAACCAUCAUGAUAGCAGCAUUGAGUCCAGCAGACAUUAAUUAUGAUGAAACGCUUUCUACACUGCGAUAUGCUGACAGGGCCAAGAAGAUUCAGAAUAAAGCUGUAGUAAAUGAGAGUCCCACAGACAGACUGAUCCGUGAACUGAAGGAGGAAAAUGCUAAGCUGCUGGCUGCUCUCGGAAAAGGAGGAGGGAAAACAGCGGACUCAGAGGAAUUACAGAGACUUUUGCAGGAGAAUGAAUCCAGGAUGGCAGAUAUGAACAAGUCAUGGGAGCAAAAACUAGAGGAGGCCAGAAAAGAGUGGGAGAGAGGACAUGGGAUCAGUCUGGAACAUGAGGAGGAGCAUGCAGAAUGGAGGACAGUUCCUUACUUCACCAACAUCAAUGAGGACUCGCAGCUCUCAGGAGUCGUCAAACUUUGUAUACGUGUCGGUGAAACAACAUUUGGAAGAAGUGCCACAGCAACACACUCUAUCAGGGGACUAGGAAUUCAGGAUCAGCAUGCCAUAAUUAAAAACACAGGGUCAAAGGUCACACUGGAACCUGUUAAUGGAUCUAAGAUUUAUGUCAAUGGAAUCAAGCUUAAAUCUAAAGAGGAGCUGCCUCAUCUGAGCAGGAUCAAAUUUGGAUCUAGUUGUCUGUACUUGUAUGUGGGUCAAAUGAAAGAAAGAAAACCAAAUGAAGAGAAAGGCUACGAUUAUGACUUCUUCAUGGCUGAGUUAGCAGAACACAGAGGCGUGGCCCUAGAUUUACAAACACCACGCAUCAGUGAAUCCAUGGAGAAUCUGAAGUCGUAUGUCAUAUUUCAGGACUUUAUGGACCUACUUCCUCAAAUAUCGGAAGCCAAUGCCAUUAGUCUAGAAUUAAAAAAGGGAUUGAAAUUUGAGGCAGAAAUCAAAACAAAUGAAUUUCAGCCACAGCAGGCAGCAAAAGAAGUUCAAAUCAGGGUCACUAAUCAAAGAAACAAGAAGGUGUGGGUUUGGUCUAGAGAUAAAUUCCUUCAUCGGAAGGAUUUAAUGGAGGAACUGUACUGUAAAUUUAUGGAUGGGGAAUCCAUACCACAGGGCAGAGACAAAGACCCCUUCUGGGACCCUGUGGAAGACAUUUUUUUGGGGAGCUGCCAUGUGAUGUUACAAAGUCUUUCAUACUGCGUGGAAACGGAUGAACAUUUUACCCUACAUAAUUACCACGGCAGAGAAGAGGCCGUAAUAAAAGUGGGGAUUUUCCCUCUGGAUCAGAAGGGGGUACAUCUGGGGGAGGAGAGCAUAGUAGAACCCCGAGAACUGCUGGGGAAACCAUUCAGUUAUGAGAUUACCAUACCCGAAGCCAUGGGGGUCAGGUGGUGCUCAGAAGAUAGGUCAAGGGGAGUGUACUGCAAGUUUUUAGUCAACCAAAAGCCAGUGAAGAGUGAUACAGUCUGGGGAAAAAGCUACUGUGACUUCAACCUGAUGUAUCAAGUAAAGGAGAAGAAAGUCACACAUGAGUUUAUAAACUACCUACAGACACAUUCCCUGGUGGUGGAGCUCUGGGGAACACAGGUGAAUGAAGAGGAUCAGCUUCAUCAGACAUUUAAUGGCAAUGGGGUUAAUGACAUUAAUGGUGAUGUUCUUUCACAACUGAAAAAUAAGGAACUGGAGAUUGAAGGGCUUAAUGAAGAUCUAGACACUCUGAAAAAGGAAAACUUUAACCUGAAGAAGAAGUUAGACAAACAGCAGCAACAGAUUGACAUCAAGCGGAAUAGAAAGGCCAGUACAGGAGACAUUGGUUUGGAUGCAGACUUAGCUCAGGCUCUCAGACUCUUCUUCAGAGAGGUCAAAACUGUCCAGGGUCAACUGUCAGAGAUCAAGGAGUAUGCUAAAGUUUCUCAGCAUGGUUCCUCAGACAAUGGUAACAUAAAACAAGCACUUGGUAAACAGGAACAGAAGCUACAGGAAAUAGAAAACAAGCUUUCUGGAUGUGUCACCUCUCUAAAAGACAGUGUUACAAACACUCUGAGGAAGGCAAAGAGAUGACAGGUCACAUGACAAAAAGUCACCAUUAAAAACGCAGAUCAUCCCAAGCAUGAUGCUUCUAAAGAAGAGGUCAUAAAAUGACUUAUUUGUUAUUCAAUGUGAACUCUGAUCCCAGUGAUAUCAGAGCUAAAUGGCUCUGUAUAACCUUGCAGUAUUACACAGAUGGUCAGAAUCAAAAUAAUACACUAGUGUUCAUUGAUUUAUUUUUAUGUGAUUACAGUAAUAAGUAGCUACAUGUACUUCUAUAAAAAAAAUAUAUAGCAUUCUUCUGUAAAUGAACUGGCAAUCAAAUAAAAAUGGCUUUUUGAAGAUUCAAUCAAAUUUUAGGGCAUAAUAUUAUAUAUACACUGUCAGUAUUUUGAUGAAUUAUUUUGUAAAUCUGCCUUAAGUGCUUUUGAGAAUUUUUUGCUUCACAAAUCACAGGGUGUUAUUUGCACUGUAUAGUGUACAUUACAUGCAUGUCCAGAACUAGUCUUGCCUUUAUUAUGUGUUGCAUAUAAAAUGUAUUAAUCAUGUUAAUGUACAGUUAAUUGAACAUGAGUAUAACAUCUACACAAAUAAAUAUCAUUGUAAAACAAA